AUGGAGUGCGAGUGGUGGAUCGGACAAGGAAGACCCAAGUUACCAACAACCUGGUUCUGGUUCAGCCACACCUCAACUAACGCACAACGUGCUCCAGCGGUAGAUGGGCUUAUUAAUGGCGGCUCAACAGAAUGGGGCCAGGAAAGCCUUGAAAACCCACCUGAAUUUCCUUUAAGCUCCAACUACCCUCUGACUGCUCCUGCAAAUUCUCAGCAAAGUCCUUCUACAAAUGGUAUUCCUGCUUAUCCAGCUGUUGAGUUUACUCGUGAAGCCGCCUUUAAGCCUGCACCAUCUUCCACAUCCAAUGUUGUAAAGUUUCCAAGCGUUGAGUCGUGGCAGCCUAAGCCAGCAAGCAGUGGUCCUAGUUUGGCUAACCAGAACAUCAACCUUGGCUCCCGUGAAAGUGGCUCAAGGAACAUCCCUCAUCUUGUUUUUGACGACGUCUUUCAAUAUCCAUCUGAGAAUAUUGAUACUUCCAAUACUGCAGGAGGGUAUGGUCAAGCUGCGGGCCAGGGGACUUCAACAGGAUCUGCUCCACCACCAAAAGGGCCCUCAUUCCCCAAGAACCCAGCAAAUGAAAGGGCCCAACAGGCAAAGCUAAAUUAUGGAAAGAUGCCAAAACCAGUUUCUAGCCCCAGAAAAGCAUUGGCUCCCCAGAGAGUGAGUGAACCAUUCGCUCAAAGCUAUAUAAGCCAGUCCAGAAACAGCUACCAGCGAGCAAAGUAUCGACAAUCCAACACCAGGUACUCUCCAAGGACCAAAUGGUAACCAACAUGGAUUUUUGAAUUGGAAGUUGCAGAAUGUGAUGUCCUC